AUGACUACAGGAAAUACUCGUCGUGUCCUUCUACCUAUCGAUGGCAGUGAACACAGUAAACGUGCAGUAAACUGGUACUUGAAAGAGUUUAGUCGACCGAAUGAUUUCGCCUAUUUUUUCCAUGCAGUUGAACCGCAUUAUUCAAAAUCGUCUUCCGCUGAUACUCACGAUGUUCAUAAAGAGUUAGCCACCAGUGUGGAUAAAAACAUAAAAAAUUAUGCAGAACUUGGAAAAAUACUUGGUGAACAGUUAUAUGAAGAUUUACAGAAGAGUCAAAUUCAACUGGAGUAUAUCAUGCAGAUUGGAACAAAACCUGGUGAAUUAAUAGUCAGUGCAGCUAAAGAAAAAUCUGUCGAUGUUAUACUGAUUGGUAAUCGUGGCUUGGGUGCAUUGAGACGUACAUUUCUAGGCUCUGUUAGUGAGUAUGUCUUGCAUCAUUGUAAUAUACCGUUUAUUGUUGUUCCACCUCCUGUGAGUUAACCAGUAAUGAAUAAGAACUAGUGGGAUCACUUGUGUUUAUUUGUUUCUUUUACAAUUCUAUGCUUUUUGGUUUACAUUCCAUUAAAAAGUUUUUGAUAAAUGUCAGUGUAUAUGACUUUGUGAAAGACUAUUAAUAUUGCCAAUGACUUUAUUUUAAUUGGAAGCUGUUAUUCCAGCGAAGAAUGUUAAACUGUCUGCUUCUAACUUAUUUCUAAUCUUAUUAUUCAACUCAUCAGAUGAACUAUAUGAACGAGAUCAUAUAACGAAUGACCUAAGUGAAACUGGAAUUCUGUUUUGUAUUGCUGGUCUUUUCUCUAUGUAUGCGCUGAUAAGUUUCAGUUAUUAAUUGAUA